AUGUCAAACGAAUUUGCGACCGGAGAAUGGCUAGAAGUUCUAGAAUUUCCGAAGAUUAUAAAUCAACAUAGGCAAAAUAAUCAAGCAAUACCCAUUUGUUUUGGAGAAUUUCUGAAGUUUCUAAAUCAGCUAAGGCAACAUACUCAAGCACCACCCAUUUCUGCUGGAGAAUUGCUGGAAAUUCUGAACCUAUAUUAUCAAGCACACAUCAUUACUUUAGAAGAAUUUUGGGACAUUCUAACUCUACAAAGCCAAUGUAAUCAGGCACCAUCCAGUCCUUUUCGAGAAAUUCCGCAAUCAGGCCAAAAUUAUCAAGAAUCACACAGUUAUUUUGAAGAAAUUUCACAGCCAAGCCAAAAUUAUCUAGCAUCAUCCAGUUCUUUAGGAGAAAUUCCGCAACAAGGCCAAUUUUAUCUAGCACCACCCAGUUCUUUUGAAGAAUUUCCGCAGCCAUGCCAGGAAUCAACCUUCUACUCUCUAGAAAUUAGUGGAGGUCGACUGAACGAACAUCAUGUGGAGUCUUUGGCUUCUAGCCAAAUACACAAUACAGCAGCUCUUGUGAACCAUAAUGAUCAACAAUUUAUCUUUGAAAAUGAAAAUAAUCAUCAGGCAUUUGAUUCUCAAAAUGAAUUAGAAUACCCGCAGCCAUGCCAGGAAUCAACCUUCUACUCUCAAGAAAUUAGUGGAGGUCGACCGAACGAGCCUCAUGUGGAGCCUUUGGCUUCUAGCCAAAUACACAAUACAGCAGCUCUUGUGAACCAUAACGAUACACUCUCAAACAAUGACAUGCAAGGACCCGAUGACUGUGUUGCCUUCGAUAAGUUUAAUAAUCAACAAAACUCAAAGAAAAAUAAAGCACCUUGGGGAAAGGAAGAAACUAUGUGCUUACUUAUAUAUUUGAUAACUAAAACAAGCUUUUUGUAUAAGUCAGAAGUUGAAGAAAUACUAUGGCCUAGGUUAACUCAAAAGAUUAAGAUGAUUUGA